UAAAAACAUGCGUAACUGCUCAAAUGCGUCAAAGACAUUCAGCAUGCGCUUCUCGAUCGUAUUUGUUCUUUCCGUCCUAGGAUGCCUCCUGCUUUGCCAGGAGGGCAGUUGCUCUACAACUACUACAACCGCGACCACAACCACCGACUCCUCGGCCACCACUACCACGGCUUCGUCCGCCACCACCACCACCACUGCCUCUUCCGCAUCCACCACGACCACUGCCUCCUCCUCAUCCUCUUCCUCUGCGGCGGCCAGGAGGCGCAGGCGCGCCCGUCGCCGUCGUCUGGCGCGUGAGAGGCAGCGAAGGGAGCGCAGGAGGCAGCGCAGGACUCAGAGGCUGCGCCAGCAACUGGAGAAUCAACGUCGACAGAUCAACCAGCUGCGCGGAUGAAGGUCGUCGGAAAGACUCGGCUUAUGACAAUUUAGGAAAAGCAGUUGUAAAUAUGUGAAAGCUGAAUUAUUUCGUUGUUCAAGUUCGCCAAGAUAAUAAAACAUUUGAGUGUA